UCAACCGAGUGCUGGAGGGAUAAGGUUUUUCACCGUGAUUUGAUUGUUAAUACAAGUAGUAGAUGGAAAAGUAAAGAAAAGUCGGAGCCUGUCUCUCCCAUUUGUUCUUCAAUACGGACAAACCAUAUAAGAAGCAGGCCACCGUAGAGGUUGAACUAGUACUAGCCCCUUUAAAUAAACCUUUACCUUCUUCUUUUUGCUUUUGCGUUGUCCGUCUUGUCAUAAAAAUAUCAAACACACCAAACACCAGCUGAAACAUCUUCUCUUGGCUUGAAAGGCGAUAUUUAAUGUGAACUCUGGAAGGAAAGCAGUUAGAAAGCUAAGAUAGGUUAUUGAGUGGGUGAGUUCUUAUUUGGGUAAAUCGAGCUAGUUUUCAUGAAUUGAGCAAGGGACUAGUUCUUGAAAGAGACAAGGUCAUCUGGGUUCAUGAGAAUUUGCUGAUAAGGAAAUGCAAAAUCCAAGGAUGGCGCCUUCAUCUGAAAUUCAAAAUGCCAAGCCUCGUAAAAAGAAAGCUGGAGCCUCAAGAGCUUCCACGAUUAAGUUGCAAGGGAAUGGUGUCAGAGAAGUCAAACAACUGCGGGUACCACUGUCUUUAAGACCAGGGCAGAAAGCCUUCAAAAAGAGCUCAAAGAAAGAAGGCUCUCCAUUGUUCCAACAACCAGAGAGGUCGAACUCUGAUUCGCUGCCGGAUUCCUCUGCUCCAGUAGAUGAAUACCGGCAUCUAAGACACAGGUAUUUGUUGUUGGAGGAAGAUAGCUUUUCUGUGGGAGGAGCUUUGAGCAAGGUUGAGGACGAGGUCAAGACCCUUGAAGAUGAGAAAUUCGCGUUGCUAGACCAGCUUGUUGUUUUAGAAGGUUUGAUUGAUCCUUCAAAAGUGCAGCCCAACGGAUUCUAGUUACCUUACUUCCUACAUGCUGUACCCGUUUGUUUUAAUGAUAUCACUGAUAGGCGCACUUGUACAUUAUCAUCAGUGCAUGGUUUCAGAGUUAAUUGCCAGGGUAUGUUAUUCUAUCUGAUUAAUUUGCCAAUGGCUGAUGCUGAAAGACUACCAUAUAAUUAGAACUGAAUGUAGAAACAAGAAUGAAAUAGAUGCUAUUCUAUACUGCUGUGAUUUCUGAAGUCUUCUAUGACUGAGUCAAUACUUGGGAUUUAAUCUGUUUUUAAGGCAUUAUGUCUGUGAUGUGGAUUUUCCUAUUUUCCUGAUUUAAUUUAUUAAGCCUUCAUUAUUUA